GGUCCUGAGCACACGGUUUUGUUUACAACACGUCACCAGGAAAUACCUUUGGUGUAAAAAAAUGUUGAGACAGGACUCCCAAGACGCUCCUCUUUUUGGUGAAGAGGACGCCACACUAAGGAAGUCUAAAAUUAAGCAUCCUCUGGCCUCCUUCUUCCAUUUGUUCUUCCGAACAAGUGCCAUCGUAGUGUAUUUACUGUGUGACAUGCUCAGCAGUCAAUUCAUUGUCUGUAUGGUCACCAUCAUCCUUUUGCUCUCAUGUGACUUCUGGACCGUCAAAAAUGUAUCUGGCAGAUUGUUGGUGGGCCUUCGAUGGUGGAAUCAAGUGGACGCAGAAGGCAAGAGCCACUGGGUGUUUGAGUCAAGAAAGACAGACAGAGCAAACUUGAUAUCUAGUGCAGACUCGCGGAUCUUCUGGCUUGGACUCAUCGUGUGCCCUGUCUUCUGGGUUGUUUUUGUGUUCAGCACCAUCUUCUCUUUCAAGAUUAAAUGGCUGGCUGUGGUGAUAAUGGGCUUGGUUUUACAAUGGGCCAACUUGUACGGCUAUGUCAGAUGCAAGGUGGGUGGAAAGUCCAACCUGAGUAACAUGGCAAAAAACUACCUUGGUGUCCAGAUUUUUAAACAGGUAUGUGAAAUGUCAUCCAGACCUGGCACUUCCAUAUUUUUGUCCAUAGAAUUAUUACAUUCAUACCUUUUUUUCACUAAAGGCAAUGAAGAAAACAGAGAGACCUUGAAGUGGAUGCAUGGGGAUCAUCUGGAGCGUGAUGGAGUUCAACACUUGAUAGGCCCAUUAUGUUUACUUUGUUCCCAUUGAAAAGGUGGCUGGUUGUUUUUGUUUUUUAAAAUUUUUUUUUGAAGGGUGUAUGGUAUGUUUAAAUUUGACUUCAGUUUUCCUACGAGGACUGAAGACCUUAACAUGUGAAGAGGUUUGGCUGUAAAUUUGGUGCAGAUCUGUCCAUAAAAUGUAAACAUUCACUUGUUUCACAGAUAUUAUUCCUGUUGGCUUAAGGAUGUGUCACUUUUGUGACUCUUGACAGCUCAGUCCUUAAGUUAGCCUCUUUAAAAUUAUUGUUUACUGCAUAUUGUGAAAAGGGAAUUUGGGAAAAAUAUAUAGAUAGAUGUUACCUUAUUGUGGCUGCUAGUCAAUCCUAGGUUGUGGACAAUCUUUUUAUUCAAACUUUAUUUUUUUUACAGAAAGGUUUGUUGUAAAUUACAUUGUAGGAUACUGUGGGGAGAAAAUGCAACUUUAUAAAGAUUAAAAUAUUUUGAACGGGAUGCUUCUUUGUUACAUUUUUAUAUGAAAAAUAUAAUUUACCGAUGAUGAAGCAAUUGUUAUGUUUUACAAAUAGCAUAAUAAAGUUUUUCUAUCGUUUUGGA